UAAUGCAUAAACGACCCAUAUAUUGCAUAUACAUAUAAAUAUUAUAACUGAACAGCAAUUAUGGUAUUUGAUGAUAAGACGACAAAACGAGUGCUGAUAAGAGAAUUUGAUAGUGGCAACAACACGUAAAGCUGGAACUUCCCAAAAGGUUUUUACCCGGUGACUUAAAAAUAUUUAUAUUAAGGUUAAAAAGUACCGACGGAAGAUAAAUAAUUUAUUUAUUUAACGAUUGGAAACAGUUUGUUCGAUAAAUUUUAUAUCUAUUUCAAGUGUUGCAUAUUUCUGGCAAAUUUAGGAGUGUAAACAGUAGCUUUGUUAAAAGGAAAUAAAACUGGGCGGGGAGAAUGUGAAAGAUAAGUGAUAGAGUCGUGUAUAAUAUCAGUAUUGCAGCAUAGUGCUAGACAACAUAAUAAUUGUGAAUGAAAAUCGCAGAACGUACCCCGAAAGUACUUAAAUCGGUGAAUUAUCCCAUCUCGGCGGGAGUCGCUAAGACUUAUUUUGGUAAACUCCCGAAACGGUGCACGUAGUAUAUUUGGGUUCAGUUUUCCACAACAUGUGUUAACAUCUAUUGCUUCCAAUUGAACGUUAAUUAAGUCAAGUGUUUUAAUAGCUUACGGCAUUGGUACGACUAUGGCUGUAGAAGUCGACGAAUUAUAUUCAAACUUAAAUAAAUUACUCGAUGAUAUUUGCAAAUUUUUAACCGACGGUACAAAUUACGAAAAGCUCUCACCCUAUGCUCGAAAACAAGCAGACGAAUUGAUCAGUAGAUCGAAAAAACAACUGCAGGAAAUUGCAAAAGUUGCGGUCAAUAACGAAUACGAUGGCGCUUAUGUGGAUAUGGAAAGAAAAUCAGCUAAUAGUAAUGAAGACAAUAAAAAUAAUAUUUAUUCUUCAGUAGAAGAGGCACCCGUAAUAACGCCACCACCAGUGGCUGAGCCUCAACCCAACCCUUAUGCAAACCUACCUGCGAAAGAUCUUUCCCAGGAUCUCAAAUACGGUCCUCUAUGCUGGAAAUAUCGAAUUAUCCUAAAAUUUGACAAAAACAAACGGGUAUAUGCAGGUUUACAUGACAACUGGUUUCUGAUAUACUCGUCGGAGAAGGACCUAAAACCGAUACAGACUUUUGACUUGCGUUUUCAUAAAGCCCAGUCUAUCAUCUGCAAGCAAAAUAAGACUCCUACGCAAGAUUUUGAACUGGUUAAUACUACAGCAGAAGGAAAAUCGUACUACUUUGUAGCCAGGACACAUAAAGAUAUGCUGCAGUGGGUCUCACACAUCAAUAGGUGCUAUGAAAAUCUCAGUAAACUGACAAACGUAAUACCCUCUGAUGAUGAUAUUUCCGAAACGUAUGACAUGAUUACCGAUUUAACGAAUCAAGGCGAUCAAGAUGAAGAAGAGGAAGAAAUUUACCACGACAUAGAAACAUACAACCCCGAAAUAGUCAAAACUAUAAAUAAACCUCCUGACUUACCUGCUAGAAGAUGUAUAAACAUUCCCUUACCACCUGUACCACAAAAGGAAAGUUUUGACGACGAUUCAAGCGAAUCGUCCACGUAUGACUUAGUAGUAACCACAUCUAGACCAUCACUAGGCAGUAAGAGUUCGUUUUCGGAGGAAGAAGAAGAUGACAUUUAUGAACCUUUUGUGUCAAAACCGGUUGAACCCAAACCACCGGUUCAGAAAUCAGAAGAAAAUCAACAGAAACCUAACCAAAGUUACAUACACAAGGUUUACAAUAGCACGACCGCUGAGAAACCUAAGACUCCCGCAAAACCUAAAUUUUUGCCCGAAAAACCUAGAUCUAACGCUUCUUUCAAAAAAUAAAUGUCGACGCUUAUAAAUAUUACUGCUUUCACAAUUAUUCCUUAAAUGCUAUCUACGAGAAUAGGACAGUUUUAAAAUUAUUUUUAUACUUUUUAAUUAGCUCCAAUUCAAAAGUUAAGAAUGACGUCAUUGGACCCGAAUAAAAAGCGGCAUUUGAGCCCGAAACUGCUACAAAGGAAGUCACACUGAAUGAGGUCCUCAAUUAUACAACGUGGUAACACUAAAAUGUAUUAGUGCGUGGUUAUACCACCACCUGGUGAAAGUUUCCCACUCAAUCGAUUAUUGCGGAUAUAUGUCACCUAGUGUUUUUUUCUGUCGUUCAAAGUUUUUAAUUUACGAACUUCAAUGUACAUAAACUGCAACUGAUAAACUGUUAAUAAAUUUUUAAUAUGUGUUCA